AUGCCUAGACGCAAGAAGGCCUACCUAGCGGCAGCAGCUGCACGAGCUCUAGCGGGCCGCAUGAAGGCCCGUGAAGCAGCCCAAAUGGAUGCCUCAGCUCCGCAGACCGACAUGGAGCCACCGCCCCAAGACACGACAGCACCACAGUCCCUGCAGGAAUUACCCCCCGACGACCCAUCCGAGGCCCUUCACAACCCCAUCGCGGAGGAUCCCCUCCCGGGGGGAGGCUGCGCUGAAGAUCCUGGGGUAGACGACUCCGAUGAGGAGUCUGUUGAGGAGCUCGAAGGUGACGAGCUCCUCAAAAACCUGGAGAUGGUGACGCGGUCAGCAUACAAUGAACUGAUGAGACUGAAGAGUAAACAACAAUGGGAAAAAGGGGAGCGCGAGCUGAAAGGGGUACAUACCGGUAGAGCUGCACGAACACUCUAUAACCACCAGGUUAGGGUGCGGGCAAAGGACACCACUGACACUGUAAUCCGCAAUUCAUACGAGGCGGAGAAAUUCCGCAGUGUCUUCAAGAGAGAGAGAUCCAGCACCGAAGAGGUGCUCCCAUCCAGCCCCAAGAAACAUGCUCGCCUCGCCGCCGCCGCCGCUCUGCAAGCCAGUGACACUGUCUUCGCGCGGACACAAAUUCCGCCGAAGAUGGCGUCCAUGGCCCGCAAGAUAUGGACAUUCAGUCCACCUGAAGUCAGCAAAGCGAGCAUGUUAGAGCGGGAGGACUUACCUGCUGGAGUGAGAGAGGCCGUUGCGCGGGCGAUUGCAGAUGCACGCUGUGAAUCCGAUGCCGUGUUCCUCGCCCAAUUGUCUGUGCGGCAAGUUCACGACGAGCUCGUUGGAGCACUCGGCGGGACAGCAAGUUUUCGUGAUGUCCGACACGCCCUGCUUGCCAGCGAUAGCAGAGGGCCGGGGAGGCUUCAGCCUGGAGAGGUCAGCGUUCAAAUGGAGGACAUGUUGGGUGACGAUGGAGCGCGGCUGGGUGGCGAAAGCAAGGCAGAGCGCAACACCGAAGACGGCCGAGAGAAGGAACUGGGCGCACCUCUGCGCAACCCAUACCCCGGGCCCCAUAGGGGUCUGGAUCGCGUUGAGCUCCGUCUGGGACAUCGCGGCGCUGUUGAGCGCAACGUCAGCGCUGCUGAGCGCGACAAGGGAGGUGGAGACACCGUCCAGCGCGACAAGGGAGGGGGCGGCGCUGUUGGGCGUGGCAGAGAAGUUCGACGUGGCGCACCUGUGCACGAUAAUGCCUCCGGGCUUCAGGGUGGCAUGGAUCGCAUUGAGCUCUAUCUGGAGCACCAUGGCGCUGUUCAGCGCGGCAGAGAAGAUGGCGCCCCUGUUCAGCGCGGCAAGGAGGCUGCUGGGCGGGACAAGGAGGCGGCUGGGUGCGACAAGGAGGCUGCUGGGCGGGACAAGGAGGCGGCUGGGCAGGACAAGGAGGAUGGCGGCGCUGUUGAGCGCGGCCGAGAAGAUGGCCGCCGAGUGCCUCUUGACGAUGGCGACCUGGAAUACGACGGAUACCUGUCGGAUAUGUCAGAAGACGUCGAGGACCUCCUUCCGGAGGGCACCCGAGAGAAACAGGACACUUGGUAUGAACAUGAGCACGGCACACCUGCGACCCCGACCGUCCCCUCGGCCCCUGUCCUCCUGUCACAGCCAACGAGCUGUGCCACCAGAUAA